CUUCGCCGCCUCAUGUUACUUCUCCUCAUACAUCAAUAAUCAUCAUGCCUUCCAAUCACUUUAAUCCCCUCAAAGACAUACCGGAUCUAUCCGGAAAGGUCAUUUUGAUCACAGGAGGCACUUCCGGUGUGGGUGCAGAAACUAUCAAACAGCUGGCGGUCCACAGUCCGAGCAAAAUAUUUUUCACUGGUCGCAAUGCCAAAGCCGCCAAUUCCCUCAUUGAGUCAAUGAAACUUCUCAAUUCUCAUGUCCAAGUUCGUUUCAUACCUUGCGAUCUCUCAGACUUGAGUUCGGUGCGCCAAGCAAGCAACAGGAUUGCUGCCAAAGCAUCCCGAAUCGAUCUGUUCUUUUGUAACGCCGGCAUCAUGGCGUCGCCAGCUGGACUGAGUAAAGAUGGCUACGAGCAUCAAUUUGCUACCAAUCAUCUCGGCCACGCGCUGUUGAUUGACCUUUUGAUGCCGGUGUUGCAGGACACAGCGUCACUACCUGGCUCUGACGUCCGCAUCAUCAUCACAUCAUCACAAGCCGCCUCAACGUCACUGGUACCCAAGUAUGGUAUCAACUUUGACACCUUGAGGACCGAGCAGAAAAUGUUCGCAGGUCGAUGGCGACGUUAUGCUCAAUCGAAGCUGGCAAACACCUUGUAUGCCAAGGCGUUGAACAAGCAGUACCCAUGCAUCACAGCUGUGUCCAUCCAUCCCGGUAUUGGCUACACAGGCUUGCAGAACAAUUUCUUAUUGCUAGAUCGCUUUGUCAUGUGGGCUACCACAAUCGGCAGGAGGAGUCCAGUCGACCAACUUGCCUGGAACGGGCUCUGGGCCUCCACAGCGCCAAAGGGAGUUGGCCAAGGUCGAGUACAAGGGGGAGAGUACUACGAACCUCUCGGCGUUCGACCAAAUCCAACUGUCCACCAGAAUAAUGCUGCUUUGGAAGAUGAGCUUUGGGAUUGGACACAAGAACAGCUAGAAGCUUGGGAGCUGAAAGCAGGGAUGAAGGUACGAAGCUCUACUUCCUCGAGCUUUUGAAGCUUUCUCCCUACGACCGUUUAUGUAUUAUGUACUUACGAAGCACUGCCAUUAUUAGUCGAGUUUAUUGUCCUCUUUCUUCGGA